UACUCGGAGGUGUUAUAAGCUGAACGAAAGGGAAAAGAACCGCAUAACGUUGUCGCUCCUGCAAAUCGGCCUAGCCGCUGCCGUCGGGAAUCCUCCAUACCAUUUUGUAGGGUUGCGUUUUGGAUUGAGAGUAUUUGUCAAUUGCUGCACAAUGGGAAAACUUGGAAAGAAGGCCAGAAAGUUUGCAAAGAAGAAUCUUCAGUCCGUGCUUAAACGAAAGCGAAAGCUGAAGUCUAUGUUCAAGAAGAAAUCUUCUAGGGGUGAGCAAGAUGCUGCCGAUGAUCAAUUACAGGAUGAAACAAAUUUGCUAAAUGGAAGAAACCUUGAAGGUGAGGAUAUCGAAGGUACUUCUCUCGAUUCAAUAUUCAGUGAAGACGAUAGUGAUGUGGCUGGAGAUGAUUCUGACAGUGAUGGAUUUCUUUCAGAGGACUCAAGUUGUAUGUAUGUUCCUGAAAGUGAAAAUGGGAAUCUUUUAGAAGACAAUGGUGGUGGUAGUGCCUUAUUAGUGCAGAACAGGGAAAUUCAUUUGGAACUUGCAAAGAAAAAGAAAAAAUUGGACAGGUUGAAGGAAAAGGACCCAGAAUUUUCAAAGUUCUUGGAAAGCUAUCAUAAAGGCCUCGAAGAAUUGAGAAACGAUGAGAAUUACUCUGAUGAAGACGAGGAAAGUGAUCUCAAUAUGCAAUCAAUGAAUGAAGACAGCUUAAAUUUAAAAAUUGCCAAGCUGCUGACAAACUCUGCCAUCGAUUCUUGGUGUAAAAUAGUUGGAGAUCAGCAUAGCAUCUCUGCCCUUCCUAGUCUAUUAAAUGGGUAUCGGGCUGCAUGCCACUAUGGAACCAGUUCAACUAGUGCCCUUGAUGCUGCUGCCUCAAGUUAUAGCAUUCAGAACAGCGAAACAUUCUGCAACAUAUUGAUGUUUAUGCUUCGUGAGGCUGAUAAUAUAUUUCGGGGAUUACUGGGAAUUUCAUGCUCCAGUUGCAGGAAAGAGACUAUUUUGGAUUUGAAGAAUACUGCAAAAUGGAAAUCUCUGAAGCCAAUGGUCAAGUCUUAUUUGAGGAGUACGCUGUUUCUCCUCAAUCAGGUUACUGACUCUGAGAUAUUGGCCUUCUCCUUAACUCGACUCAGAGCUUCUAUAAUAUUUUUUACCGCAUUUCCAUCUUUGUUGCGCAGACUCAUCAAGAUUGCAGUUCAUUUAUGGGCAACAGGUGGAGGGACUGUAUCAUCGUGCACCUUUCUCAUCAUACAGGAUGUGGCUCUUAUAUUUAGCUCUGACUGCUUUGACACCUGUUUGAUAAAAACAUAUAAAGCUUUUAUAGCUCACAGUAAAUUUGUGAAGCCUGGAUUUUAUAAGCAUAUACAAUUUCUCAGGAAUUCCUUUGUUGAGCUAUGCUCUUUAGAUGUGGAGAAAUCAAGCAAGAAGGCACUGGUGUCUAUGCAGCAACUUGCCAAGAUAUUACAGCAGGGUCUUCGAACAAGGAAGAAGGAAGCAAUUGAGAAGAUAUGUAGUUGGCAGUACACUAACUGCAUUGAUCUCUGGGUCAUGUUUAUAUCAGCAAACAUAUCUGAUAAUUCUCUUCAGAAUUUGCUAUUUAUGAUCAUCCAGAUCAUAAAUGGAGUGGCUUACCUGUUUCCGGCGCCGAGAUAUUUACCUUUAAGACUUAAAACCAUCCAAUGGCUGAAUCAUCUAUCCAGUUCUAGUGGGGUUUUCAUCCCUGUUGCGUCAUUGGUGUUGGAUACUUUGGAAUAUAAAAUUGGCAAGGAAAGUGGACAACCUGGAAAAGCCUUCAAUAUGUCUUCUGCCAUAAAGUUGCCAAAACAUUGUUUAAAAUCGCGGAAAUUCCAAGAAGAGUGCAUUUUGUCUGCCAUUGAAUUGCUUACAGUGCACUUUGGUCAGUGGAGCUACCACAUAUCCUUUCCAGAGCUGGCAAGUAUUCCACUAAUUCGCCUGAGAAAGUUUCAUGAGAUAACUAUUGAAAAUUUGCGGCAUGUGGUGAAGCGUCUGAUUGAUCAGGUGGAGCAAAAUGUUGAGUUUGUGCAGAAGAAAAGAGAUGAGGUUGCAUUUUCACCAAAUGAUCAGCAAUCUGUUGAAUCAUUUCUUCAGCUUGAAAAGGGUGGUGGUGGCAAUGCUCCUUUUACGCAAUAUUACAACAGCGUCAUGGAAAAGGCUGCUUCUAGGAGUCUGCUCAUGAAUGAAAAGUUUCCUGGAUCAGAAAAGACAAGAAAGAUGGGCAAGGUGCAUGACAAAGGUGAAAGGUUGGAAGUAAAUUAGACUGUCACUGGGAGGGGUAGUUCUGCAGAUUGCUUUGAUCACUUCCCAAUCUCAGAUCUGAAUGUUUCUUAAAGAGUCAAUUCACAAUCUCAUAGAACCCGUAUCCAAGACGUAAGGAUCUUAUUCAAACCAAUUUUGUAAGUGAUCUGAAUCUUUCCUCAUCGUGAAAAAGAUAGCCUUGAGGUUAGCUUAAAAUUUAUGAGUCAGGGCGGCUUUUGUAUCUUAGAAAGAGACAGGUUACUUGUUUUAUAACACAGGAUCACAAGCUUGAGUACGUGGCUCCACGUCGCUCCUAUUUAUUUACUUUCAAUUCUUAAAGAUGAAGUAAGAGAAAAUUUUAAUCA